UUUUCAAGCUCUCUUACCAACUUAUCCCGUUUCAGCUUUCAACACCAAUGGGAAGGCCAUCGUCUACGAUCGAAAUCCCCGAGAGACGACACCGUUCCGACCGCUACACGCCGGAUGAAUCCGACACCUCCCUCGGCUACAGCCGACGCCGGGGCCGCCGAAGCCCCAGUUACGACGCCUAUGACCGCUACGAUGACCAUCGCCGCAGGCACUCGAACUCGCCCGUAAGAAUUUCGAGUCCAAACCCUAGACGUAGCCCUAGGCCUGACAAAGCCCUGGACAACGACGCUUUGCCUAAACGAUUCGGCCGCGGAGACGUAGACUACAAGGGCCGGGCGUACCUCGACCGCGAUUACCGAAACGGGAAGCGGUCCGAGUCGGAGUCCGACGAGGAAUUGAAGGGCCUGAGUUAUGAAGAGUACCGGAGGCUGAAGAGGCAGAAGAUGAGGAAGACGCUGAAGUGUUGUAUUUGGAACGUGACGCCGAGUCCGCCUAGAAACCAGAACGAUGAGUUUGAGGUGGAGAAAGCCGAGGAGAUCUCGGACAAGUAUGGAGAUGGUAGCGAGGAGAAGAGCGAUUCGAGCUUGGAAAAGAAAGAGAAAGUAAAAGAAAAGGAGAGUAAUCGGAAAAGGAUAUCUAACUCCGACUCGGAAAAAUCGGAGAGCGACUCUGAGUCCGAUGAUUCGAGGUCGAGGAGGAAGCGUAACGGUUCGAUUUCUAAGCGUAGAAAUAGAAAAUACGAAUCAGACGAGAGCGAGGGAGAUAGCGAUGGUGAAUCGGAUGAAUCUGAGGGAGUCCGAAAGCGGAGAAAGAAAUCAAGUAAAAGGAGUAAGAGAAGUAGCAGGAGUCACAAGGGUAGCAAAAGAAGUAGCAGGAGUGGAAGAAGAAGAAAACGGAGCAGAUAUAGCAGCGAUCCAGACGAAAGUGACGACUCUGAUGCCAGUGAUCGAGAAAGGUCAAAGAAGCAGAAUCGCUCUUCCAGCGAGAAUUCGGGUUCUGAGGUAGAAGAAGACUCUGAGGCGAAGGUGGAUGAGGCAACGAUGGUUGAAAUCGAUGCGGAGGCAUUGAGGUUUAAGGAAAUGAUUGAGGCGCAGAAGAAGCUACCGGCUUUGGAUAACGAACCGGUGGUUGGGCCAAUGCCUUUACCGAGAGCUGAAGGGCAUAUUAGUUAUGGUGGUGCACUUAGACCCGGUGAGGGUGAUGCCAUUGCACAGUAUGUGCAGCAAGGGAAACGUAUCCCGCGUAGAGGUGAAGUGGGUCUAUCAGCAGAGGAGAUUCAGAAGUUUGAGGGACUUGGGUAUGUCAUGAGUGGUAGCAGGCACCAGAGGAUGAAUGCCAUUCGUAUUAGGAAGGAAAACCAAGUUUAUAGUGCCGAGGAUAAGAGGGCGUUGGCCAUGUUUAACUACGAAGAGAAGGCGAAGCGUGAACACAAGGUUAUGGCCGAUUUACAGCGGUUAGUGCAGCGCCACAUAGGGCAGGAUGUUGGUCCGACUCAUGAUCCCUUCGGUGGAAAGGCCUCAGAUGCUCCUGAUGCUUGAUUUUGCGUUUGUGAUUGGUACCCAAACUAUUUUUCUCGCAAUUACUUAUUUAUAUUUUCUUAUGAUAUUUUUCAUACGCUUUGAAUGUCAUUUUGCUAAAUGAUCCUGGUCUAAUCACAUGAAUGUCUACUUGUAAACCA